AGAAAGUCAAGGAUUCCCUUCCCAUAUCUGUUUUCACACUUACACAUAUUCCAUCUCUUAAUCCCUUUCAGACUCUUCUUCUUCUUCACUUUUCCUUUCCUUCUUAUUAUAUAUUAUUAAUUUUCAUUCAAGUUUUUGCACAUGGUAGCCAGCUGCUCACCCCACCCUUUCUACGUUAUUGCUUCAAGCCACUGCACACGCUGACUACACCAAGCCACCACCCACCUCACCGCCCACGUCGCUUUGAAUCUGGAGACCCCUAGAUCAUGAUUCAUCAGCUCCAUCCCGUGGAAAAAUCAAGCCGCUAGCUGUUCAUUAUUAAUAUUUCUGGUCAACCAACCAAACUCUGAAAUAUUUCCACAUUGUUUACUUUCAAAAUCUCUUCUUCUUCACAAAAAAAAAAAGCUAGAAUUAUUCACGUAAACUUCAAAUCUGAAAUGGGAAAUUGUAUUAGACGGGAGUCGUCAAACAUGGUGUGGGCUGGCGAUGACUGGGAGUAUUCCUCGGCGUCGAAGCACAGGCUUGGAAUUGGAGGUAGCAGUAGAGUAAUGGAUGAUCAUAAUCAUGAUCAUGAUGAUGAUGUUAGCACAGAGAAGCAGAGGCUGCUGCCAAGUGAGAAGAGAGAGUUUUCGAAUUCGUUAUCAUCAUCUUCGUCUACAAGGGAGGUGAAGAUAAAGAUUUCGAAGAGGGAGCUGGAGGAGUUGGUGCACAGAGUUGACAUGCAAGGCCUGUCUCUUGAACAAAUCCUGACAAAGUUGAUUGAUGCUAAUAUUGAUCAGCAGCAGCAGCAGCAUCCUCUGGAGCACCAACGGUCAUGGAGGCCGGUCCUGCAGAGCAUUCCAGAGGUUAAUUAAUUAAGUUUUCUUCUUCAAGCUUCAUUCUUUGAUUGAUCUUAUCAUGAGAAAAAACAUGGUUGAAAAGUAAAUACAUGUGUAAAACAUUACGCCAUGAUCUGGAGAAAAUACUGUACACAAGUUCUUAUUGGUCUGCGUAUUCUUGUUUCAGAUUUCUUGAUUAUUUCACAUUGAUGAUACUCAUCCAAUGUAAAUAUUCUAUCAACGAAUAAAAUUAUGUGUAUAAUUUUCCAGA